AUGAAGCCAGCUCAGGCAAGUGAUAAGGAAGAACCUCAGAUUUCCAAACCUGCCUUCAUAUCCUGGCUGGAGGAAGAGGAGGAGCAGCUUGUCGUGUUCUCCGAUGAAGAGACGGGGUUGGCAGAUGGUGUAUGGGAGUCAGCAGAUGAACAUCCACUGAUGGAGAGAAAACUUGUGUAUUCCCAUGGGGAAGAGAACAUUGAAUAUUGUGAUGCUUUGAGAAUGAGGGAGGGAAAAACUCCACUUAGUGGAAAGAAAAAUCCUGAUACUUCACAUGGUGACAAUUCUGAAGAAAUUCCACACCUUAAAAAAGCAUACCAAGAUUACACCGGAGAGAAAAAAUAUAAAUGUUUGGAGUGUGGAAAAACCUUUCAUCACAAUGGAAGCCUUAACAUCCAUCGAAGAGUUCACACAGGGGAGAAACCAUAUAAAUGCCUGGAGUGUAGAAAAAGCUUCAGCCAGAGUGCACACCUUAAUGCCCACCAAAGAAUUCACACAAGAGAGAAACCAUAUAAAUGCCAGGAGUGUGGGAAAAGCUUCACUGACAGUAGAGACCUUUCUGAACACCAAAGAGUUCACACAGGGGAGAAACCAUAUAAAUGCCUGGAGUGUGGAAAAGGCUUCAGGCGAAGUGCACACCUUAAUGUCCACCAAAGAAUUCACACAGGGGAGAAACCAUAUAAAUGCCUGGAUUGUGAAAAAAGCUUCAGUCAGAGUCACCACCUUUCUUCCCACCAAAGAAUUCACACAGGAGAGAAACCAUAUAAAUGCCUGGAGUGUAGAAAAAGCUUCAGCCAGAGUGCACAACUUAAUGUCCACCAAAGAAUUCACACAGGGGAGAAACCAUAUAGAUGCCAGGAGUGUGGAAAAAGCUUCACUGACAGUAGAGACCUUUCUGAACACCAAAGAGUUCACACAGGGGAGAAACCAUAUAAAUGCCUGGAGUGUGGAAAAGGCUUCAGGCGAAGUGCACACCUUAAUGUCCACCAAAGAAUUCACACAGGGGAGAAACCAUAUAAAUGCCUGGAUUGUGAAAAAAGCUUCAGUCAGAGUCACCACCUUUCUUCCCACCAAAGAAUUCACACAGGAGAGAAACCAUAUAAAUGCCUGGAGUGUAGAAAAAGCUUCAGCCAGAGUGCACACCUUAAUGCCCACCAAAGAAUUCACACAGGAGAGAAACCAUAUAAAUGCCAGGAGUGUGGGAAAAGCUUCACUGACAGUAGAUACCUUUCUGAACACCAAAGAGUUCACACAGGGGAGAAACCAUAUAAAUGCCUGGAGUGUGGAAAAGGCUUCAGGCGAAGUGCACACCUUAAUGUCCACCAAAGAAUUCACACAGGGGAGAAACCAUAUAAAUGCCUGGAGUGUGAAAAAAGCUUCAGUCGGAGUCACCACCUUUCUUCCCAUCAAAGAAUUCACACGGGAGAGAAACCAUGUAAAUGCCUGGAGUGUAGAAAAAGCUUCAGCCAGAGUGCACACCUUAAUGCCCACCAAAGAAUUCACACAAGAGAGAAACCAUAUAGAUGCCAGGAGUGUGGAAAAGGCUUCAGCCAGAGUGCACAACUUAAUGUCCACCGAAGAAUUCACACAGGGGAGAAACCAUAUAAAUGUCUGGAGUGUGAAAAAAGCUUCAGUCAGAGUCACCACCUUUCAUCCCACCAAAGAAUUCACAUGGGAGAGAAACCAUAUAAAUGCCUGGAGUGUAGAAAAAGCUUCAGCCAGAGUGCACACCUUAAUGCCCACCAAAGAAUUCACACCUGA